GGCUGUUACAACAAAUCCCGAAGCUCAACAAGCAAGCAUAUAUAAAUGCUCUGUAUGCGUGUGAUUGUAUAACUCGCUCUAAGAGGAGUAUACAGUAUUACCCUUUACCGAAAUACGAUAUGUUGUGAAGUGUAAUAGUUUCAUUCAGUAAUUGACUAGCGAAGUGUUAAUACAGGUAAUGCCCGUGUAAUACGCUGUGAAAAAAGAUCAGGAUAAAUAAACGAAUUGUGUUUCUUGACAACGUUAUCGUUGCACAUUUUCCUUAAAAAAAGUGUUUUUAAAAAUCAUACGCUGCUGAAAGUGAAUAUGAAAUAAAUUCCAAAAAAUCGAUAAAUAAUUGAAAACCAUGACGAAGACCGAGUUUAUGCCUGUGGAUACCGAAGAACAAUUAUCCCCAUUGAACGAAGAUGGUGGUGUGGAUUCGACUGGCAAAAAAGCGGUAAAAAAGCGGCAGGGCUGGGACUCGAAAUGGCAGUACAUCUUCAUGGUGAUCAGCUAUGCCGUGGGGCUGGGAAACGUCUGGAGGUUUCCGUACCUGGUGCAGCAGAACGGCGGAGGUGCCUUCCUCAUCCCCUACCUGAUCAUGCUGUUCAUUGAGGGCAUGCCCCUCCUCUACCUCGAGUUCGCCAUCGGCCAGCGCCUGCAGAAGGGCACCGUGAUCGUCUGGAACGAGAUCAACCCGCUCCUCGGAGGCAUCGGUAUCGCUAGUGCCGUCACUUCCUUUAAUCUCGCUAUCUACUACAACGGUGUUAUCACGUGGUGCUUUUUCUAUCUCUUCCAUAGCUUUCAGUACCCGCUGCCAUGGGCAACCUGCCCGACGGAGACAGUCCUGAUCGGCAACACGUCGAAGGAGGUAGACAUAGAGGAGUGUGCUAAGGGCGGGGCCACGUCGUAUUUCUGGUACCGGAGAGCUCUGGACGUGUCCCCCGGGAUCGACUCGCCCGAGGGGAUAAAGUGGAAGAUGCUGCUAUGUCUGCUGUUCGCCUGGAUCAUCGUGUACGCGUGCAUCUGGAAGGGCAUCAAGUCCUCGGGGAAGGUUGUGUACUUUACGGCCACGUUUCCGUAUAUUGUGCUGAUAAUCUUCUUCGUGCGAGGAGUCACACUGCGGGGGGCGGUCGACGGUCUGGCACACAUGUACACACCAAAGUUGGAGCGCCUUCUCGAACCGCGCGUGUGGCUGGACGCGGCCACGCAGAUCUUCUUCUCGUUCGGGCUCGGCUUCGGCGGCCUGAUAUCCUUCUCCAGCUAUAACAACAUCCACAACAACUGCCAGAGGGACACCAUCCUUAUCUCCCUCACCAACUGGUUCACCGCCAUCUUCGCCUCCUCUGUCGUAUUCGCCGUGCUCGGCUUCAAGGCCACGUUGAUGAUGGAAAACUGCGUCGAGCAUAACUUUCUCAUGUGGCAAGAGACGUUUCCUACGAUGGCCAACAUAUCUCAGGAAGUGUGGCAGACGACAUAUGCCGUCAAUUUGACAGCGGAAGUACAGAACGUGUGGAACUGCAGUCUGGCAAAGUUCUUAGAUGAAGCAGCUUCCGGUACCGGGCUGGCGUUCAUCAUCUUCACUCAGGCGAUCGUGGAGUUUGGCCCCUCGGCCCCGUUCUGGUCGAUCAUCUUCUUCAUGAUGUUGCUUUCCCUCGGUAUGGGUUCGGAGUUCGGCACUAUUGAGGGGUUCACUGCCUCCAUUUAUGACCUGGAGCCCCUGCCGUUUAUCACUCGCCGGAAGUGGCUCGUUUCAGCAAUAAUCUGCGGGUCGUCUUUCCUCAUCGGUCUGCUGUUCGUGCUGGGUAGUGGCUCCUACUGGGUGGCGCUGUUUGACCAAUUUUCCGCCUCCUUCCCGCUGCUCUUGAUCGCCAUGAUGGAGUGCGUGACGAUCGGCUGGAUUUAUGGCGUCAACAAGUUUGGUGACGACAUCGAGUUCAUGAUUGGUUCCCAGCCGAACAUCUACUGGAAGAUCAUAUGGAAAUUCGUGGCUCCAAUCAUGGUAGCUGGUCUGCUCGUGGCCACUUUGAUCUCCUACUUCAUCGAGCCGCUCAAAUACGAGGCGUACGACGCCCUCACGGCGACCAUGAUACCGCGUGACUAUCCGUGGUACGGCGUCGUCAUAGCGUUCAUCCUCGUUUUAUCGUCGGUCGGCUGCAUACCAGUAAUCGCCAUCCUGCGCCGCCUCAAGAUCCUCAACUGGAACUACGCCAAGCAGAUCCAGGCCGAGGAGAAAGGCUACACGCAGAGCACCGCGAAGUUUCUUAGGUCCGCCACGAGCGUGGAUGACGACAACGACGGCAGAAGCGGAGAGGAGGCAAUUGUACGGCCGUACACGGACAAUCCGGAUGUGAGGAAGCAUUCCACGCAGGAUGGAGCGGUAACGUUUACCUUUAAGGAAUGAGGAAAUAGGGCUCAGCGGCGAUGCUUGUGAAAUUCAGUGUUAUGGUUGGACUGUUUGAAAAAUUUGUUCAUUACCUUCAUUUUCGAACCAGAUUGCUUAAAGUCGCUAGCAUUAGUCGAGUUUGAUCGGGAUCAUUUACAGAGAAGAUUGAAUUUUGAGUAUCAUAUUGUUUAAAAUUAUUGUUCGUUGUUCGUUUCUAAAUGGGGCUAUUUAAAUAAUGGUAUAUUCAAGAUCUUUGUUAAACAUGUACGCAAGAAAAUACAUUGAUUAGUCAACUGUAGCGCAGAGUUGACGCGUUCUGUCAACAAAUUUAUCAUAUCAUCUUAAGUUUCGUAUAUAUGUUUGAAUUAUUUAGCGGCAGCCACUCAAAUGCGACAUCAAGCCACGGAUUUAAUUAAUAAGUUCUUAAUUAAUAUAGAAUACAGAAAUUAAAGAAAUGAUAAUAUGAAACAAAGAAUCCAGCCUUCCUUUUAGACGACUUAACGUCAAUUCAAUAAAGAGUGCCUCCUUUGAAUUUUUAGCAAUUGAAACGCAAACUGCCUUUUGAGAACAGAGCGACAAUUAAAGGUAUGUAUCCCGGUAUAUUCAACAUGGUAGACGUAUAGUUAAGUCAAGUGAAUCUGUUGGCCUGUUGGCACGCAAUAUAUACAACGCUGAUUUUCACAUGUAUUCUAUAGUGAAAUUGUGGUCACGUGAAUGCCUUCGCGAAUUUGCGCAUGCGGCCUCGAGUAUAUUUGGCGACAUGCAAAACAAUCGGUGGGGAGAACUAUUGUAAGAAUCUGGUACAGCCAUGUACCGGGCAUAUUCAAAAACUGGAUGCAUUUAUGGUUAUCUCAGGAAAUGCAACUAUGCGCGGACAAAGACUUCUAUGCAUACGUUUGUUUAUGAGUUCAAUAUUUCCGUCUGGCUGAGCAUUAUGUUUCAUAGCUGGGUGUUCAAUUGUAUGUACUGUAGAGAAAAAAAUAAUAAAUUUAAGUUGUGCUCUGAGAAAACAGGGCUUAAUGCAUGUGCGUUCACUGUUGACCAAGGUCAGCCUGUGCACGCCGCACAGGCUAAUCAAGGAAGACUCUUUCCGCUGUAUCGUAUUUUUCGUUUAAAAGACGUUUUUGUAUUAGCGAACGCGCCCACUUUAGGCUUCUGUGGGACGAAACUCUACGGAGAGGCAUUAAUCCAUGUUUUCACAGAGCGAGACCAUCUUGAUACAUCGUCUAUCUCCGGAAUACUCCGCAUUUAGGCAAUAAAUGGUCUGGUUAUCCCGAGUAAGAGCGAGGAUCAAAGUGUGAAGUAGUGGGCCUUGUCUUGUCAAAGAUUUCACAUCUUACUUGAGUUAGAACUGUGGUUGUCUUUUGUUCAAAACAAACAGACAUUUAUGAAGAAUAUUUUCCUAAAAACACAACUUGGGAAAGAUGCAAUCGACAUGAAAAGAAAUAAAGCUUGAAUGAGGUUCGCGAAAUAGAUGUACAGGUUCCCCUGUUGAUGAAUAUUUGCAUUUAAUUUACUCUCCUGUGUACGGACCGUAAAUAAUGAAAACAUGCGAACUAUAAAGUCAAAUUGUCAUGAUAACAUACUUGAGAGGUACAUUGUAAGAAAGUCCCUCUUCUCAAUGUACAUAGAUGACAUGUAAGUGCUAUUGGAUUGAAAUAUCUGCUUAUGUUUGUAGAUAUUGUGUAUAUUGAAAUAAGAAUCUCAAUACAAAUUUGACAUACAGUAUUGUUGAUGUAUAUAUUUCAUUUUGAUGUGAAAUUUUAUAUAUUUGACAUUCAAUGCUCCAGUUGUGAUAAUCUGCUCAAUUAGUACGUGUUACCAAAGAGAUAAUGUUUACGUUUGACAUGUAAAUACACAUUAAAAGGUAUUUUACAUU